AUGCAUCCCGAGUUCUGCUGCUACCUCGUUUUUAUUCUCAGCGAAGUGAAAGACGAGCAGGUAGCAAAUCGCUCUUUGGCCGGUCUGAUACUGAAGAAUUCGAUCCGAAUCCUGUGGGGUCGUUUGCCGGAGCCAGUGAAACAGUAUGUGAAGAACAAAACACUGCUUGCAAUAUCCGAUCCACACUCGUUGAUACGCGCCACUGUGGGCAUCAUUAUCACAACGAUCGUCGUGCACGAAGGCAUCGCCCAAUGGCCCACUUUACUACCGAUGCUCUGUAGCAUGCUUGACAGCUCUGAUGAGCACCUGCAGGAGGUUCACUCCGCCGAUAUGCUUGGUCCUCAAGAACAUUUGAACACGCUAAUUCCGAAGCUUUUGUGUUUCUUCAAUUCACCAUCCGCCAAACUCAGAGCGUUGGCGCUGAAUUCGGUCAACUGUGUUUUGCUGGUGCAAACGGAGCCACUGAAUAACAUCAUGGACGUCUUCUUGCAGCAGUUAUUCGCCCGAGCAAACGAUGCUGACACGGUAUAUUUUCAGUGUUUUUCCCCUUUUUACUUCACAUCUAGUAAUAAUUCUUGUUUCUGUAUCUCCGGUUGUAAUUUCUGGUCAAGUACGACUGUGUGGUCGGCAGAAAAAUAA